AUGUUACUUAUUAGUGAUGACCCUCUAGCAUUGACUUAACCUAGGCUUGAAUAGAUGGAGUUAAAAUUGACUUUUGAUGUGCAAUUCUUACUAAGUAUAGAUCUAAAUUUCAACUCACCAAAAAUCCAAUAGGCAAUGUUGAAUUUGAAUAUGAGGGAAGAAGAACUUGUUUAAAAAAAGUAUUAAACUUUCUAACUUCCAGAAGAGGAAGAUUUUAUAACAGAAUAAAGAUUCUUGUUUCAUUUACAUCAAAUAGCACAUCGAAGAAAGUUUUUAAUUAAAGAGAGAAAUAAAAUUAAGAAAGAGGAAUUAGAAUCUUAAAAGCUAGAUCAAUAAAUGACAAGAUAUUAUACACAAACUGAUUCUCUUCUUAAUUUAAAUAUUGAAAAUGCAAUUUCCUAAUUGGAUAAAAAAAUUGAAUUACAACAACUAAAAAGGGAUAGGAAUGAAGUGAUGAUGAAAAAUAAAAUCAAAGAAUUGGUUGAAGAAGAAUUAAAGCAGAUUAAUGAACAAAAAUAGAAGGAAGAAGAAAAGAGAAGAAUUGAAAAGCUUAAAUAAAAAACUCUGAAAACUGUAAGUGAUAGGGCACAUUCGUUCAACAAAAAAACUGAGUUGAUAGCAAAAAAACAUUAGGAACUAAUUCUAGAAUAAUAAGAAAAGGCAUUCUAAAAAUAGAGGGAGAUACUAGAAAGAGAAAUGCUAGAGUCAGAAGAUUUUCCUAGGGGAUUGAGUUAAAGUAAAAUUAAGUAGAAAGAAAAAGAAUAUAAAGAUGGUGUAAAAUAAAAAUAAGUCAAUGACAGAAUUAAAUAGUUAAAAUAAUAAGAACUAGAAUAAUGUAAUCAACUUUACAAAAAAAUUGAAUAAAAAUUAAAUAAGUCACAUGCCAAUAGGAUAGGUCAAUAUGAUAAUUAAAAGACUUGUAUUUUAUUAAACCAAUCCCAAUCGAAAAUUGAAGACACACAAAAAUACCUUGAGAAGUAUAUCGAAAAACAAAAUAGAUUCCUUAAAAACUCCAAAAAUUAAAAUUCUUAAACUUCCCUAACAUAAACAUCAAAUAUAAAGAAACGAAUGAAUAUCAGAUAAUCAAUCGAAAGAGAAAGACAGGAACAUUGUUCUUCCCUAGAGGAAAACAUUUAAGAUAAAAAGUUAACUCGAUUAUUAUAGCCUCAAUUGAAUAAGAAUACAAAAUCUCGAAGUUUAGUGAACUUGGAAAAGGCAAAAUUCUAAUAGAUAGAAAAAGUCAAAAAAGUUCUGGAAAAAUAAAGAUCAGGUAGCGUGGUUUAGAUAUAAAUAAAAGAGAAGAAGGAAAUCCUAAGGGAUGUUAGCCGAAGUAUAUUUUUGAAAAAAAGUUUAUACUAAGAACUAUAAAAUGAUAUUACUAAAAUAAAACAAAAUGUUUCAAAAGAUUUCCUAGUAAAGUAGAUAUAAAAAUUGGAUUGUUCUGAAUUGGUUCAGAAAUACAUCAAAUGA